AUGAACAUUUUACAAUAACCUAUGUCCUAUUAUUAUAUUAUAGAUUUAUAAAUGCAAAAAAAACUAUCAUGUCGACAAAACAAUUUUAAACAUUAUGAUGAAUUGUGUUAAUUGUUGGUCACUUUUGUUGUAACACCACCGUAAACCUAAUAGUUUUAUGUAAUUUGUUAUAAAGUAAACGAAUAUAGGAUGGCAGAAUUAUACUCCGACCUCCGCACAACUACUACCAAUUACUAAUUUGUACGUCUCAUUUUUCCUUAUUGUUCUAACACAUUUUUUUAUUUUUGUUCAUAUGAUAUUACAUUGCGUUUUUUGACGGCAUUGUCGGCAACUAGCAUUGCAAAAUAGUUAUUGCUCUAAUAGUUAUUAUUUAAAUCAAUUUAUUGCACGAUGAUAUAUAUUAUACCCUUCAGAGCUACUGGUUCAGGGAGAUGAUUUCCGGCAGACAAAUCAACACUUUCAUUCCAAGACGUUUCUCUAUUUCUAUACAUGUCAAAAUGGUUUUACGUUCGAUUAACUGUUUAAACUGUACAAUAAAAAUUAGAGAAUUAAUAUUUUAAUUCCUAGUGCUUAAAAUUAUUUCAACAUCAACCACAUCUGCAACAAUGUCAACAUAAAAGGGUCCGUAACACUAUUUUGACCUUGGGUUAGAUUAGCACUCUAUAGCAUUCAGAAAAAAAGUUCAAAAGGUUAUCUGUUUAGUAUACAACAUGUUCAACUGUUACGAAUUUCGCGUUACUCCAAUUCAUAAAAUCAGUUAUCAUAAUCGAUAUAAUGUGUAAUGGUCAUUUUUUACAUUUAAUAUAGGUGUACUUUAACUCUUAAAAUAUUUAAACGAUUUUUAACGUUUUGCACGCAGUCUGUGCAGUAUAUUUGCUAAAAAAUAUUGGGUUAAAUUAUUAUUUAUUUUAAAAUGCUGCGAUCGAUACUAUGUUUUUUUCUCGUUUACCAUUUUCAUUUUAGCGUAUUAGCCACAACAUCAAAACUGAGAAUCGUUCCAAAGGAUCCUUUGUCGGAUGAGUUUAUCAACCACGUAAAUUCUAUACAAAAUACAUGGAAGGCCGGAAGAAAUUUCCAUCCAGACACACCUAUGUCGAACCUUAGAAGAUUAAUGGGUGUGCAUCGAGAAAAUAAUAAUCGAGAAAAACUAGAAAGCUUGUUAAGUUACACUAAAAAAACUGAUUUGCCAGAACAUUUUGAUUCUAGAAAAAAUUGGCCAAAUUGUCCAACAAUUAGAGAAAUCCGGGAUCAAGGGUCGUGUGGAUCUUGUUGGGCUUUUGCAGCAGUUGAAGCUAUGUCCGAUCGUGUUUGUAUACAUUCAAACGGAACAAAAAAUUUCCAUUUUUCUGCCGAAAACUUAAUGUCUUGCUGUUGGUCUUGUGGCUUUGGUUGCAACGGUGGUUUCCCUGGUGCAGCAUGGCGCUAUUGGAAAACUAAUGGCAUUGUCAGCGGAGGCCCUUAUAAUUCUCAUCUGGGCUGUAUUCCAUAUGAAAUUGCACCGUGUGAGCAUCAUAUAAACGGAACAAGAGGACCUUGUAAAGAAGGAGGGAAGACUCCUGAAUGUGUUAAGAAAUGUGAAGAUGGAUAUAAUUUAUCUUAUGCUGAGGAUUUACAUCGAGGGAAAUCGGUAUACUCUAUUGGAAAUGAUGUUGAUGAAAUAAGACAGGAAAUUUUUAACAAUGGACCAGUAGAAGGAGCGUUUACUGUAUAUGAAGAUUUUAUAGCGUACAAAUCAGGAAUUUAUAAGCAUGUCGUCGACAAAGAACUUGGAGGACACGCCAUAAGAAUACUCGGAUGGGGUAUAGAAAAUGGUACUCCCUACUGGUUGGUGGCCAAUUCGUGGAAUACAGAUUGGGGUGAUAAUGGUUUCUUCAAAAUAUUGAGGGGAAACGAUGAAUGUGGCAUUGAAUCUCAAAUUAAUUCUGGAAUACCAGCCUAAUAAAUGUAUUUAAGUAUUUACCAUACUAUUGAUAUGUGUGAAAUAAUAAAUUUUAUUUUUUUUUUACUGUAAAUCAUUUUUUUUGUUAUCUCAACUGUAGAUAUGUUUAGUGUCAUAAAGAAAUCUGAAGAUAUUUAAUCCCAAUCGUUUUUAAUUUUACC